GCUCAACACCUCAACAAGCAACGGGAAAUCGUAGGAAUAUCACAACAAAUGACAUGCCAAGAGCUAGGCCAAGGCCAGAUGAUUUGUUACAGGUUGAAACGGUAUGCGCUAUGUUUCCCAACAUCCCCCAAGCAUCUAUACAGUACGAUCUUCAAAAGACAGGAUCAGUUGAAGUUACCUGUGACAAUAUUCUUCAAAACGGUGGUUCAUUGCCUCCUCCCCCAGUUGCAACAUCAUUCGCAAUACCCUCGACAUCCCAAGCAUCAUCUUCGUCAACAUCGACCAGUGUAAAUUCUUCUCUGACUCAACAAUCACUAAUUGAUAGGUAUAAGCUUCAGGAAGCUGUAAAUAAGGGUCUUGUCCCAUCAGAUCCUCCAAAGAAAUGGGAAACUACACCCGAAAGAAGACAGGAAUUGUUGCAACAGAAAAAGGAUGCAAUGGUUCUACAGGCUAGAGAACGAUAUCUAGAACAACAACGAAAAAAAAAAGAGCUAGAAGCAAAAACAAGCUCAUACGAAUAUUCUUCACUAACAGACUCAACACAAUCAUUAAAUAACAAUUCUCUCAAAACACAAACUAUUCAAAAUGUAGUCGAAGAUGGUAAAGACCUCGAACCUGAGCUAAGGCGUCAGCAGAUAUUACAAGCGACCGAACGAAGGUGGAAGAAGGAG